AUGCUCCACAUCAUGCUCCAGGCCAACUGGACUCUGGGCGGCCAGCACAGGCAGGGUCAGGGGGUGACUUCUGUGCCUCGUGGCACUGCCACCUGGGCCUGAGCAAGAGGGCUCCAUUCUCCUACCCGCCCAAACCCUCAUCCCUCUCCCAGCUCCAAUGCUAGGAAUAAAGAGACCAGAAUUUUCCUUCUGGCCUAAGGGCCCCAGAGAAAUACCCAUGGGAACUCACAGCUGCCUCAUGGAAACUGCUGCAGCAAUGGUGAAGCUAGAAAGACUAGAGGUAUGAGGGAAAAUUGCCCUUCCCCACCUGGCUCAUAAGGCGUUCCCUCCCCCAAGUCCCAGACCUUGGGGACUGGGCAUGUGAAAUCAUCCUCUUUCUUGCAUCAUGCGUGUCCACAUUGCACCCCCCACCCCCAUACCCCUACUUCAGGCCCAGUCACCAUGGCCAGAUGGUGAAACCUGAGCUGGUGGGGAGGAGGACCUCCACCCCCUGCAGGGGCCUGAUGGGCAGCACAGCUGGCCAAUCCUGGGACUCCGAGGGUAGGUCGGCUGGCUGACCACUAGGUUUGGAAGCCCCAGGCAGCUGGCUCUAAAGAGGCCCCAGGUCAGUAGCCAGACGUGAGCUGUGAGGGUCAAGCACAGCUAUCCAUCAGAUGAUCUACUUUCAGCCUUCCUGAGUCCCAGACAAUAGAAGACAGGUGGCUCUACCCUUGGCCAAGGGUAGGUGUGGCAGUGGUGUCUGCUGUCACUGUACCCUCAUUGGCCCCCAGCAAUCAGACUCAACAGACGGAGCAACUGCCAUCUGAGGCUCCCGAACCAGGGCCAUUCACCAGGAGCAUGGGGCUCCCUGAUGUCCAGCUCUGGCUGGUGCUGCUGUGGGCACUGGUGCGAGCACAGGGGACAGGGUCUGUGUGUCCCUCCUGUGGGGGAUCCAAACUGGCGCCCCAAGCAGAACGAGCUCUGGUGCUGGAGCUAGCCAAGCAGCAAAUCCUGGAUGGGUUGCACCUGACCAGUCGUCCCAGAAUAACUCAUCCUCCACCCCAGGCAGCGCUGACCAGAGCCCUCCGGAGACUACAGCCAGGGAGUGUGGCUUCAGGGAAUGGGGAGGAGGUCAUCAGCUUUGCUACUGUCACAGACUCCACUUCAGCCUACAGCUCCCUGCUCACUUUUCACCUGUCCACUCCUCGGUCCCACCACCUGUACCAUGCCCGCCUGUGGCUGCACGUGCUCCCCACCCUUCCUGGCACUCUUUGCUUGAGGAUCUUCCGAUGGGGACCAAGGAGGAGGCGCCAAGGAUCCCGUACCCUCUUGGCUGAGCACCACAUCACCAACCUGGGCUGGCAUGCCUUAACUCUGCCCUCUAGUGGCUUGAGGGGUGAGAAGUCUGGUGUCCUGAAACUGCAACUAGACUGCAGACCCCUAGAAAGCAACAGCACAGUUACUGGACAACCAAGGCGGCUCCUGGACACAGCAGGACAUCAGCAGCCCUUCCUAGAGCUUAAGAUCCGAGCCAAUGAGCCUGGAGCAGGCCGGGCCAGGAGGAGGACCCCCACCUGUGAGCCUGCGACCCCCUUAUGUUGCAGGCGAGACCGUUACGUAGACUUCCAGGAACUGGGAUGGCAGGACUGGAUACUGCAGCCCGAGGGGUACCAACUGAAUUACUGCAGUGGGCAGUGCCCUCCCCACCUGGCUGGCAGCCCAGGCAUUGCUGCCUCUUUCCAUUCUGCCGUCUUCAGCCUCCUCAAAGCCAACAAUCCUUGGCCUGCCAGUACCUCGUGUUGUGUCCCUACUGCCCGAAGGCCCCUCUCUCUCCUCUACCUGGAUCAUAAUGGCAAUGUGGUCAAGACGGAUGUGCCAGAUAUGGUGGUGGAGGCCUGUGGCUGCAGCUAGCAAGAGGACCUGGGGCUUUGGAGUGAAGAGACCAAGAUGAAGUUUCCCAGGCACAGGGCACCUGUGACUGGAGGCGUCAGAUUCCUGAUCCACACCCCAACCCAACAACCACCUGGCAGUAUGACUCACUUGACCCCUACGGGACCCAAAUGGGCACUUUCUUGUCUGAGACUCUGGCUUGUUCCAGGUUGGCUGAUGUGUUGGGAGAUGGGUAAAGCGUUUCUUCUAAAGGGGUCUACCCAGAAAGCAUGAUUUCCUGCCCUAAGUCCUGUGAGAAGAUGUCAGGGACUAGGGAGGGAGGGAGGGAAGGCAGAGAAAAAUUACUAAGCCUCUCCCAAGAUGAGAAAGUCCUCAAGCGAGGGGAGGAGGAAGCAGAUAGAUGGUCCAGCAGGCUUGAAGCAGGGUAAGCAGGCUGGCCCAGGGUAAGGGCUGUUGAGGUACCUUAAGGGAGGGUCAAGAGGGAGACGGGCAAGGUGCUGAGGGAGGAUGCUUAGGGGACCCCCAGAAACAGGAGUCAGGAAAAUGAGGUACUAAGCCUAAGAAGUUCCCUGGUUUUUCCCAGGGGACAGGACCCACUGGGAGACAAGAAUUUAUACUUUCUUUCUUCUUUUUCUUUUUGUUUUUUUGAGACGGAGUCUCGCUCUGUCACCAGGUUGGAGUGCAGUGGCACGAUCUUGGCUCACUGCAACCUCCGUCUCCUGGGUUCAAGUGAUUCUUCUGCCUCAGCCUCCCGAGUAGCUGGGAUUAUAGGCACCCACUAAUUUUUGUAUUCAACAUGUUGGCCAGGAUGGUCUUGAUGUCUUGACCUCUUGAUCCACCCGACUUGGCCUCCCAAAGUGAUGAGAUUACAGGUGUGAGCCACCGCGCCCGGUUUAUACUUUCUUAAUAAAAAGGAGAAAGAAAAUCAACAAAUGUGAGUCAUAAAGAAGGGUUCGGGUGAUGGUCCAGAGCAACAGUUCUUCAAGUGUACUCUGUAGGCUUCAGGGAGGUCCCUUUUCAGGGGUGUCCACAAAGUCAAAGCUAUUUUCAUAAUAAUACUAACAUGUUAUUUGCCUUUUGAAUUCUCAUUAUCUUAAAAUUGUACAGUGGAGUUUUCCAGAGGCUGUGUGACAUGUGAUUACAUCAUCUUUCUGACAUCAUUGUUAAUGGAAUGUGUGCUUGUA